AUGUGUGAUGUGUGAUGUAAUGUAGCCGGUAGCGUGCGGUUGCGGUAGCGCUAGACUGUGCGUUCCAAAACUCUGCUCGGUCAACAUCCGGGCCGGUCCGGGCGGAGGCUCGGAGCAAGGUUUUAGAACGCUGCACAGCUGAUGCGUAAAGAUGGCCGGUACCGAUAUCACCGAUAUAAACGACACGAGCGGAUGCGGAUAGGCCCGAGGCCGCAGCGUUUGACAGCGGUCAGUGUCGCAUUAUCUCACUGCACUGACACCGCUAGCACGUCCUGCGUCCUGCGUCCUGCGUCCUGCGUCCCGCAACAAUACCGUAAUACCGUGAUAGGAAAGUGAGAGCUGAGAGCGUUAAGGGUUCCGUAAUUCGAAUCGAAUCGUUUUCGAUGAAUGUAAGCAACGUCGCCGCGUACUCGACAAUGUCAGAGGAACCUUGGUUUCGUCGGAGGUACAUCGGAAAAGCGACGAGAUGAGCGUGGUAAAAAUAAUGCGACAGCUCGCGACGAUUACCUUUUCUACGAUGAUCCUGGCCUCGCCGCGACCCUGCAGAUAUCGCAGACAUUGCGGACAUUGCGGACAUUGCAGAUAUUGCUGCAGACCCCACAGACGUCGUAUGCAUCAUCGCGAUUAGACGUUCUCGCGGAAUCGGAAUCUGAGAAUUUCUCGAGAGUGGAUAGAUCUCAAGAGCUUAGCUUUCCAAACGCUGAGUUGAGAGUCAGUAUAAUGGCUUACGAAUCGCGUAACGCGAAAUAUUCACCGCGUGCUCCGCAGCGGCCCAACGUGACUGGAUACGGUUAUUCUGGCCAUUCACCGCGUGCUCCGCAGCAUUUCCAACAAACCGACGAAAAUCAGAAUGAAAACAAUUUACGCGGCAGCAAAGAGCUCUGUCCGGAGAUCAGCUCGCAACAGUCGUCCGGCACGCAGACCGUGCAAAAGGUGGACGCUGCGACUAUGACGGACCCUCUGCAAAUUGAUUUUAGGCUUACUUCCGAAUACCUGGCGCGUUGUUCCAGUACGUUAGGUAUACCGUACGUAACCAAAUACGAGGAUUGUGGCUCCACGUCUACGACUACGUGUCAAGAAGUAAGACCAAAAAUUGAAUUUGAAAUCGAACCGCAGCAUAUUAAUGGUAUGUCGGUUUACCGUUGCCCCGAGUGUGCGUAUAGAUUUGACGAUCGGGAGGCGCUUCACGACCAUCUAGAAGAUCAUAAACAAAGGCCGCACAUCUGUGAUAUUUGCGGGGCAAGCUUGAAACGAAAGGAACACUUGGAUCGCCAUAAGCAAGGUCAUAAUAAAGAUAGACCGUAUCAAUGUAACAUGUGUUGUAAAGCGUUCAAACGUAACGAGCACUUGGCGCGUCAUAUGAUUACUCACUCAGGUAGCAAAAAUCAAAUUUGUACCGAGUGUGGUAAAGCUUUCUACAGAAAAGAUCACUUGAAGAAACAUUUGCAAAGUCAUAAUAGCGCUCGAGGCAAACAUUUGAUGAGUAUUUCGCAAAGCAACCUCAACGAUCAGCAGCCGAGCGACCAAGGACUGAGUAGUUUCGCUAUGAUGAUGAGGCAAUCUGGGCCUCCCCCACUUUCAAUUCUACGGACAUAGUUAUUAUUAAUUACGUGCACUAGCUCAUCUCCGUCUAUAUGAAGCAGAAAGUUUAUUUUUACUAUUUUACUUUAAUUCAUUCAGAUGAUUUUAUUCCAUAAGCUUUAAUGCGAAUGAGCUUUAUCCGCGACGUACCUAACUUUGCGAAAUGAUCCAAGAUAAUUUGUUAUUGCGAUAUAAAAACCCAUGUUCCUAUAAGGGAGUAUAUCUUAUUGCUACGUAUUUUAACAAUAGGUAGAUAAGAUUACGAUAAUGUUAUCGAUUUUGUAAUAUCCUUUAUAAUACACUGUACGUGUAGGAAGUUGUGUCUGUAUAUUGAGGAUUGAGAAUGUACCUGUUGGAGGGGGACGGGAGAGAAAGGGCAGAUUUUUGUGUGAAACUUGAACAAAUGGAUAUUAAAGCUGAAAAUAAUUCAGUCUGUAUCAGUGACGUAUUUUACACUAUUGAAUUAUUUCGUAUUUUUCCUCUUGGAAAAAACUCGAGUAUCCCGUGAUAAAGUUCGCUUCCGAAAUACUACGAUACCAAUAGCUAUCACAGUUUAUAUAUUACCGCUAGAGUGUUCUAAACAGAAUCGAGUUUGAGGUUUAGUCUUUAUUGUUGUUUCUCGCGAUAUUUUUCGUUCCUUCAAGAGAUAAAUUAACGAACUAGGUAUAUUACGAGACAAUAGAAAUGAAUCACAAAAUCAUAUAUGAAAUACGUCAAAUUCUUUUUCUAAACGGAGAAGAAAGGUAAUGCCAAUACAAAUUUGGCUAUAUAAUGCAAUAACGUAGUUUCUAAAAGUUUACGACUCUGUUAGUUUCUCUUCUCCUCAUUCGCCUCAAUGAGACAGACUAACUAGUUUGUUGUAACUAGACAUUGUAACAAUGUCUCUAAUGUCGUAAAUGUAUAAAUAAAAAUCUGCAAUUUUUUUAAAUAUUUUUUUCAAUCAUUAAACAUUUGUAUCGAGUAUUCGGAAUAAUUUGUACAAUAAUUUUGCGUAAUGAUUAAUAAGAAAGCGUAAUAACAUAAGAUCUUGGCGACUUGUAGCAAGACAGCUGUUAACAAUUGUAGAGCGCUCUGCAGCAAAGAAUGGAAAUAUUACCCACGUGAAUUUAUUGAUGCAUAUCUGUAGAUAAAAGUUAUCGUUAUUUGAGGAAGGUGAAGAAGGUCUAUCUGUUUAUAUAAUAUCGUUAAAAAUAAUUUCACGUCUAUCAAAACUUUGUUAAAUAUUGUACGGUGAUCCCGUCACCACUUCGCUGUCGUAAUUGACGCGAACAGAAUAUAUCUCUGAGUAUACCCGAA